GGAAGACAUUCCACUCUCGCAGAAGCACGCAGCCAUGGCAAAGAAAGAGAGCGACGAGGACGAGGAAUAUGAGUUCGAGGAGAAACCACCGGCCAAGAAACCAGCCAAGAAACCAGCUGCCGGUAAGAUGCCCAAGCCUUUGACGCCUUCUGAUCAUGGCUUCAAAGUCGUAAAAGUAACUGACUUGGUCCCUUCUGGAUUCCCACAAUAUCCUCGUGGCUCUCCCCAAUUCCGUGAAGGCAAUGACUGUUCCCCAGUUUACAGUGGAGAGCCUGGUUACAUUACUGGUAUUGGACGGCGUACCAACUCCCCCCACCGCCCGGUGACUUUGAAAUAUGAAAAGAAAGAAGAACAGCCACCCAUUGUUGCAUGCCGCUACUGCGAGCAGUACCCUUGCUACAUGAUCCAAGACAUGGUUGGAGGCAGCCUGAUGAUGACGGGAGACAUGAUGAAGGAUGAUGGAUUCGACAACAAGACCAUUAGGAAGGCAUUGUACAAGGAAGCUGUUCGAAUGAUCUUUGGGCACCUUGGAGCUGGAAAACGCCGUAAGCUUCCGGUUUGUGUGGAAGGUGAGAUCAAAGAUACUUACCCAAGGAAUCCGGCAAAGGAUGCGGAAUAUGUCUGGUACAAGGAGGAUUGAAGCUGUGUUGCUGCCACUCGAGCAAGUAGAGCAAGCAAGCCACUCUAGCGAUUACAUCGCUAUUUUUUUGUCAACAACGAAUGUGAGCGAGAAGUGAUCAUACAUACUAAGUAGGA